UUCGCCAAUCGGAUAUCAUUCGUGUACGACUUGAGGGGGCCGUCCAUCGCUGUGGACACCGCCUGUUCGGCCAGUUUGACGGCACUGGCGCUGGCCGUCAACGAUAUGCUAUUGGGUAACGUGGAGAAGGCGUUGGUGUGCGGCUGCAACAUUAACCUUGAGCCAAUAGUAAUACAAUGCCAACAAGAGGUGGGCGCGUGUUCGCCGAGAGGUGUGUCCGCCCCGAUGGACGCCUCGGCCGACGGGUACGUCAAGUCGGACGCCGUGUGCGCUGUGCUGUUGGAGCGCCGACGAGACGCCCGCCGACUAUACGCCACGUUAAGAGCCGUACGGCUAAAUGCAAACGGCUAUAAACCCGACGGUAUGUUAAGGCCGUCCGGCGCCGCGCAGGAGGCGCUUAUGCGGUGCGCGUACGGCGACGUUGGCGUAGACCCCAGUCACGUGACGUACGUUGAGUUACAUUGCGCGGGCACUCAGGCCGGCGAUUUUGCGGAAAUCAACGCCGUUUAUAACGCGUACUGCAAACCGACGGCCCGUACGGAGCCGUUGCCGUUGGGGGCGUUGAAGAGCAAUAUGGGUCACGCGGAGGGCGCCGCCGGUUUAGCAGCUCUUAUCAAAGUGCUGAUCGCCUACGAAAACGAAUGCAUUCCACCAAAUAUUAAUCUACAUCAUUUGAGAGAUGACCUAGCACCAUUGAUGUCUUUUGUCAUGCCUGUCGUAAAGGCUCAUGAUUACAAGCCAGGUUUGGCAGCGGUUGACAGCCUGGGUGUUGGCGGUGCGAACGCACACGUAUUGCUCGAACCCAACUAUAAAUUGGCUGCAAGUGAUGGCCGUCAACGACGGGUCGCCGAUAUUAUGCCCAGAAUUGUCAACAUUUGCGGCAGAAGUGAAGAGUCUGUCAAAUAUAUAAUGGAUUUUAUUGAAAAUAAUUUGCAAAAAAUAACGAAUGAUUUUUUGGCACUUUUGUCGCAAACAAUGAAAUACACGCCUAAUGUUAACUCUGCGGGAAUGCCGUUCAGGGUCACGCGGGACAAAGCGCUGAGACCUCUAUGGGUACUGUUCCCGGGUUUGGGCGGUCAGUGGCCUGCGAUGGCCAGGGCUUUGAUGCCAAUCAAGACGUUCGCCGACACUAUCGACGUAUGCCAUCAAACGGUUAGCGAAGAGUUUGGUAUCGAUUUGAAACACAUAUUACUAUCGGACGACACGACAGCCAUCGACACAAUGCUCGCCAAAUUUGUGGCCACGACUGCCGUUCAGAUGGCAUUGUUUUCGGUCAUCAAAACACUGAACAUUACCGUCGACGGCAUAAUUGGCCACUCGUUCGGUGAGAUAGCGUGCGGUUACGCCGACGGGUGCCUAACGCUCAGGGAGGCGAUGAUUUAUGUGGCCCUUCGGGGCGUAAUUACGGUACACAUACCGGAAGGACUGAUGGCAGUGGUCGGCCUGUCGAGAGACCAGGCGCUGACAUACUGUCCAAACGGUGUUUAUAUUGCCUGUAAUAACGGAGAGCGAAGUGUUGUCAUUACGGGUUUAAUGAAUGAAAUGUUGGAAACAAUUAAACAAUUAAAAGCGAAUAAUGUAUUUGUGCGCCAAUUGGACAGCAAUCACAUCCCAUACCAUUCGCAAUACGUUAGCGAAUUGGCUAAAAACCAGAGCACAGCCACCGAUAAAUACGGUCUAAAGCCGGGCCUCAGAUCCCAGAAAUGGUUGUCAACAGCGGUGUUCAGAGGGGAACCGGAGGACCGGCGGCUGGCCUACAGUGACGGCCGCUAUCAUCACCACAACAUGAUAAGCGAAGUCCGGUUUUACCCACAAUUGCAAACACUGCCGGCGAACGCCUGUGUGUUAGAGUUGGGUCCGCACCCAUUGUUCCGGCAAAUCGUGGCCCAAACGCUGCCGCAGAGCACCCAUAUAUCGCUUAUGAAACGCGACUCAAACGCCACUAAUAUGGAUACGUUUCUGGCAGGUGUAGCCAAAUUAUACCAACUCGGUUACAAUCCGUCCGUCGAGCGCCUAUACCAGCCGGUUGUGUGGCCGGUGCCGAGGGGUACGCCGUCUAUCUCAUCGUUGAUCAAAUGGGAUCACAACCGGCGAUACGCUGUGCGCUGUUUUGGCGAUCAUUAUUGCCGCUCAACGGCCGGCGACUCCACUGUUAUUGUCGAGCAUACCCUAAAUCAGGACUUAUUUUUUAUGGACCAUAAGCUGGACGGCCGGCCCAUAUACCCGGCCACCGGUCACGUGAUGCUCGCGUGGCGUAAAGUGGCCCAAAGUGUUGGCAAACUUUGGACAGACUGUCCGGUGGUGUUUGAGCACGUACAAUUCAAACGGGCCGUGUUUUUAUCGCAAACGGCUAACACUAAACUCGUGGUGAAAUACUAUCCACCAUCAGGUGAGUUUGGCAUUUACGAAAACGACCAACUGUGCGCAACGGGAAUUGGAUACCCUGUUAUUAACAAUAAUACUGCUACUACUAUCAACUCGACAAAUGACCAAGCUCAUCAGCGACAUCAAUCGGCGCUAAUCGCGCAGCACACCAUCGCUGAGUGGCUACCUAUGUUGGACGGGCACCGGUGGCCGUACGCCAUAGGCCGGGCGGACAUCUAUAAAAACAUAGGUGCCCUGGGCUUAGACUUUGGGCCCGCGUUUCAGAGACUACGCUCCUUUUGUACCGACGAUUUCCGGGUGGCGUACGGCCGGUGCGAAUGGACUGGCAAUCCGGUGACAUAUUUGGACGGUAUGUUCGCCGCAAUGAUGUUUCUCUCGACGUUGCGUACAAUAAUUGUCGGCCACACUAUACGCGCCAUACGUAUCGAUCCAUUAGUUUUGUUUGAUAGCAUUAGGGCCCAAAAUACAUCACAACAAUUGACCAAUGUCAAUUCGAAUUGUGAUUUGCAACUAGAUCAGAUUGAGCAAGAUACUAAGAGUGAUAAUGAAAUGACAAAUCGAGAAAAAUUUAAUAAACGUUUCGCCAUAUGUUCGGCGGAUAUGCCGUUGCGAUACAACACUCGCACCGGACAACUGGUGUCUCUCGGACUUGAAAUGGAAGGCCUGACUGUACAACCCGUGCCCUAUCGGCCGGAAACUAAUUUAGUGCUCGAGUCAUACGAGUUCUGUUCAAACUAUGAUAUGGUGGCCAUCGAUGACAGUACGCGCGCAGAGAUGUUGCAAUAUAUUGAGGAUUACGCAAAAUGGCUUCAAAUCCUUAUUGACAAUAUAAUUAAGGCUAAAAAAUUAAACAAAAUGUGUAAUAAUGUAUGGCUUAUGGGAAGUGAUGGCCCAAUCAAUGGCAUCAUUGGUUUACUGAAUUGUUUGCGUUUGGAAACUGGCGGAGAGAUAUUGCGGUAUAUUUUUCAUUACGAUAACAAUAUUUCAAUGCCCGAUGCCGUGGAUUUCAAUGCCCGGCCAUAUCGGGAAAUAUUGGCCAACGAUUUGGUCGCUAACGUCAUAAAGGGCGGUGUUGUGGGCACUUAUAGGCACUUUAAAAUGCCCAAAGACUACGACAAGUGUUUAUCAAACAAUUACUAUUUAAAUACGGGUUUAACGCGUGAUAUAUCGUCUCUUCAAUGGUAUGACGAGCAAAACGUGCCGACACUUGAAUCCGAUAUUAAUAAUAAAAAUGACACCAAAACCCGUAUAGAGAUCUACUACUCGGGUAUAUCCACGCGUGAUAUACUGGCCACCACUGGUAACCCGUCAUGUAAUUUGCCAGGUUUAACGGACCCCAUGCUUACCGAUUGUCAGCUCGGGCUAGAAUUCAGUGGCCGCCGUUCAGACACCGGGCAGAGGGUAAUGGGCGUAGCGCCGGGCGGCCGAUGCCUUGCAACUAGUGUGUGGGCGCCCAUUACCCAUAUCUGUCCGAUUCCCGGCCACUGGUCUAUGGCUGAGGCGGCCACUAUUAUGAGCGCUUAUUGUACCGUAUAUUAUGGACUCAUUAAAUUGGCUAAUAUCAAGGAAGGUAAAUUUGUGUUAAUACACAACGGGUCGGGCGACGUGGGUCUGGCGGCUAUCAACGUGUGCCAACACUACGCGUGCGAUAUCUAUGUGACGGUCGGGACGGCAGAGAAGGGCCGAUAUAUACGCGACGCGCAUAACAUACCGGCGAACCGGAUAUUCAGCGCCGUCAACGACGCCGGACUCAACGCAUGGCUAAUGGCUGAGACCGACGGCCGGGGCGUCGACAUAGCGCUUAGCACCGGACUGUCUGGCGGUGGCCAACUGUGGCCACUAAACUCUCAAUCUCUGGCCAAUGGCGGCCGGUUUGUCGACGUGGGUAAUAAUGACUGGCCGAUGGGCAACGCGCCAACUCUGCCGCACCGGGAGGUGCAAUACAUACGACUGUCGGCCGACUCGCCUGCCAAACGGGACACCAAUUUUAUGGCCGAGUUUUACGCCUGGAUUCGGGACAACUGUGGGCCGGCCAACGGUGUGGGCCAACGGGCGUGCGUUUGGCCGCUAAAAUACACGACAUUCCCGGCGACCAAAGUGACCGACGCUUUCGCCGGUGUGACCGCCGGCGCACACGUCGGCAAAGUUAUAAUCAAACACAGGGACGACGACGGCGUUGACACUCAGCCUAUCAGUCCGGCCCACUAUAUAAUGGUCGCCCGUAAGGCGUGUUUCUGUUCGCGCAAAGUGUAUAUAAUUACCGGCGCUUUGGGCGGCGUUGGGCUCGAGUUGAUGGCGUGGAUGCACUACAGGGGAGCCCAAAAGUUUGCCCUAACCUCCCGGUCCGGUCUGCGCACAGAGUAUCAAACGUUUGUUAUAAAUCGUAUGCAAAGUUACGCCAACAACGCCGAUGGUAAUUAUCAGAGGCCGGAAAUAUUAAUAUCGACCGCCAAUGGGCUAACCAGUGAAGGGUGUGAGCGAUUGCUCCGGGAGGCCCAGCGUAUGGGCCGUAUCGGCGGUGUAUUUCAUUUGGCGCUCGUAUUGAACGAAACGUUGGCCGAGAAUAUGACUGUCGAGCGGUUUGCCGAGUCGGCCGACACUAAGGGUCGGGUGUUUGAAAAUCUGGAUCAACUGACGCGCCGUUUACUUGACUAUAAAGUGGACUAUUUUGUGGUGUUUUCGUCGAUAUCGUGCGGCAAAGGGUUCGCCGGGUAUUCAAACUACGCGUACGGAAACUCUGUGUGCGAACGGCUUUGUGAACGCCGCCGCGCCGAUGGUCUGCACGGACUGGCCGUACAGUACGGCCUGAUUGGCGACGUCGGCGCUUAUGAGGGACGCCAGGAGUACGAGUCGGCGACGCUGUGCCGCAAACAACGAGUGCACUCGUGUUUUAACGUAUUGGAAAAACUGUUGGCCACUGAAUACCCGAUCGUCGCAUCGCAGUUGUACGAUGAAGAUCGGUCGGCCAUAUUAACGGUCAAUACGGGCACACGACUGAUGGGCGAGUUAUGGUCAGUGUUGGGCGUCGACCCGUGCAAUACACCCGACGACAUAACUAUCGGCGAGAUAGGCAUCGAAUCGCUGUUUGCCAUACGAAUGCAAAACGAGUUUACAGACCGACUGGCGCUCAACGUAUCGCUCACUCAUAUCAAACACAUGACUGUAGGCAUGUGUAAGGCGUACGCCGAGGGCAACCCGGAGCCCAUACGACAGUGCAUUGCCAAACAAAAAGCCAUAUAA